CGCGGAUGGUCCCCAGGUCUAGGCUAUGUGAGCACGGAGAGGGGAAACGUAAACAUGUCGCUGGGGGAAAUUUGAAUAGGUUUCGGGGAGUCUCGGUGUGGAAUUGGGUCGGUUUGGAUUGGGUUUCGCUCGGAAAAUCGCCGGACCGGACAGUGGAGCCGUUGAAGAAGGACUGUUCAAGGGUUUCUUGUGUUUACCACUGUAGUGUGGACACAGGAAAAGGACCCCCUGUAGAGGGCAGUAUAGGCUGAGGGAGGGGAGGUGAGGUGUGGAAGAGUAAGGAGAGAACUUCAGUAGUUUGAGGAUGACUGAGUUGGACGUGAAGUGGGCGUGUGAGUACUGCACCUAUGAAAACUGGCCUUCUGCCAUCAAAUGCACCAUGUGCCGCGCUCAAAGACCUACUUCAGCCAUCAUUACUGAGGAACCCUUUAAGACAAGCAGCUUAAGCCUGGACCCCCAGCAGAGCUCUCCACCUCAGGACUCUAGUCUCCUCAUCUGCCCGGACUCCAGCGCUCGACCUCGGUUGCGAAUUGCUGAUGAGGCCCCCGAGAUCUCCAGCAAGUGGUCAUGUCAUAUGUGUACGUACCUGAACUGGCCACGGGCGAUUCGCUGUACGCAGUGCCUGAGUCAGAGGCAACAGGGGUCACCCAGGGGUCACAGCCCUACGGAGACUCCCCACACCUCAGGCACAGGGUCGCGAUCUCCUUGUGUGUCCACCGACCCCUGUGAGGAAUAUAAUCGCCUGAACACACGUUCACAGCACUGGGCAUGCUCAGUCUGUACCUAUGAGAACUGGCCAAAGACCAAGAAGUGUGUAGUGUGUGAUCACCCUAGACCCAGUCAGUCAGAAGAAGCCACAGAACCUGAGAGUUCUCCUCCCUUGUCCUCAGUUAACGAACAGGAUCGAGACAACUGGAGGACAGUUGGGACAGGGGGGGUGAGUGGAGGCUGCAGCGGGGGCAGCCAAAGACUCUCCCCUACCACCACCAAACAGGAGGCGGAGAUGAAAAUCAAAGUGGCAUCUGGGGCAAUGGGGAGCAAAGAGGAACAAGAAAUGGACUUCAAAAAACUCAAACAGAUUCGGAACAGAAUGAGGAGGACUGACUGGCUCUUCCUCAACGCGUGUACAGGUGUAGUAGAGGGUGACCUGGCUGCUGUGGAGGCAUAUAAAUCAUCAGGAGGUGAUAUUGCUCGUCAGUUGACCUCAGAUGAGGUUCGCCUGCUGAACCGCCCAUCUGCAUUUGACACUGGUUUUACCCUGGUCCACUUGGCCAUCCGUUUCCAAAGACAGGACAUGCUAGCAGUGUUACUUACUGAGGUGUCCCAGCAGGCAGUAAAGUGCAUCCCUGCAAUGGUUUGUCCUGAGCUGACUGAACAGAUUCGCAGAGAGGUGGCUGCUUCCCUACAUCAGCGUAAAGGAGAUUUCCCCUGUUACUUCUUCACUGAUGUGCUUACCUUUACACUACCAGCAGAUAUUGAAGAUCUCCCUCCUUCAGUUCAAGAGAAACUGUUUGAUGAGGUGCUUGAUCGAGAUGUACAGAAAGAGCUGGAGGAGGAGUCCCCUAUUAUUAACUGGUCUCUGGAGGUGUGCUCUCGUUUGGAUAGUCGUCUGUAUGCUCUGUGGAAUCGCACGGCUGGGGACUGUCUGCUAGACUCGGUCCUGCAGGCGACAUGGGGCAUUUACGACAAAGACUCACUACUGAGAAAGAGCCUACAUGACAGUUUACACCACUGCUCACAUUGGUUCUACACUCGUUGGAAAGAGUGGGAGUCGUGGUAUUCUCAGAGCUUUGGUCUGCACUUCUCACUCAGAGAGGAACAGUGGCAGGAGGACUGGGCAUUCAUACUGUCUCUGGCCAGUCAGUCAGGGGCGAGUUUAGAACAGACUCAUAUCUUUGUCCUGGCUCACAUUCUCCGCCGGCCCAUCAUUGUUUAUGGAGUAAAGUAUUACAAAAGCUUCAGAGGAGAAACUCUGGGCUUCACUCGCUUUCAGGGUGUUUAUCUGCCCUUGCUAUGGGAGCAGAGUUUUUGCUGGAAGAGUCCUAUUGCCCUUGGUUACACACGUGGUCAUUUUUCUGCACUGGUUGCCAUGGAGAAUGAUGGUUAUGGUAACCGUGGUGCUGGUGCCAACCUCAACACUGACGAUGAUGUCACUGUUACCUUUCUUCCAUUGGUUGACAGCGAGAGGAAACUGCUACACAUCCACUUCUUAACUGCCCAAGAGAUGGGGAGUGAGGAGCAGCAAGAGCGUUUUCUGAGGCAGUGGUUGGACUGCUGUGUGACAGAGGGCGGGAUUUUAGUGGCCUUACAGAAGAGUUCACGAAGGAGGAAUCAUCCACUUGUCGCUCAAAUGAUUGACAAAUGGCUGGAUGGCUAUCGGCAGCUCUGCCCAUGCCCAACCCUCUCAGACGGAGAGGAGGAAGAGGAGGAUGAGGAUGAGUGAGCCAGAGAAGAAAACACAUGGACACA